AUGCUCAGUCUCAAACAUGGACAUGGAGAAAACCAGAGGCAUAAGGAGCCUAAGAGAAUACGGCUGCAUGUAGAAGAUGAGGACGGACGAGGACAUUCCAGUGCGGGUAGAGCACGCCGCUUCUUGCAUGGCGAUUAUACAGUCGGCUGGAUCUGCGCCCUUGCACUGGAGAUGACUGCAGCCGAAGCCAUGUUGGACGAGACGCACCCAAAUCUACCUAACCCUCCCGACGAUGACAACAUAUAUACGUUAGGGCAGAUGGGUGUUCACAAUAUUGUUAUUACUUGUUUGCCCUCGGGGGUUUAUGGCACGACCUCAGCAGCCCUGGUGGCGAAUAAGAUGCAAUCCACCUUUAGAUCAAUCCGCUUUGGGUUAAUGGUGGGUAUCGGAGGUGGAGCGCCCAGCAAGCUCGUAGAUAUCCGACUAGGUGAUGUUGUGGUCAGCAAGCCUACAGAGAAUUUUGGGGGAGUUGUACCGUAUGAUUGCGGCAAGGCCAUCCGAGAAGGAGUGUUCAAACGUACUGGCACGUUGAAUAAACCACCCCAAGUGGUCCUGAAGGCAGUGUCCAAGCUACAAGCAGACAAGUCACAAUCGAGUAAGAUUACGGAGUACUUGGCUGAGGCGGCGGCUAGGCACCCGACCAUGACGAAUGAAUUCACCUACCUUGGUCCACAGGAGGACUGGUUGUUUGAAGCUCAAUAUGAGCAUGUGGAUUCAGAAAGCUCCUGUGAUAGGUGCGAUCGGAGCAGGCUGGUAAUUCGACCCGUUCGGCCUAGCAGUAACCCCGUAAUUCAUUACGGGCUGAUCGCUUCAGGAAAUCAAGUAAUGAGGCAUGGACGUACUAGGGAUAUGUUAGCCCAAGAGCAUGGCAUUCUCUGCUUCGAAAUGGAAGCUGCUGGGUUGAUGGACCAUUUUCCGUCUCUAAUUGUCCGAGGAGUCUGUGACUAUUCCGAUUCACACAAAAACAAGAAGUGGCAAGCAUAUGCUGCAGCAACAGCAGCGGGAUAUGCCAAAGCAGUACUCUCUGCGGCAUCAGAAGCUCAGAUUCCCAAACCAGUGGCAGCGAUCAUGGACACAUCAAUCAUAGGAAUAGAGACUUUCAAUCUUGUCGUGGACGAAGCGGCUAGCAAGGAGAAAGACCGAAUUCUGAACUGGAUAUCGAUGUUCAACUACCGACGGAAAUACAUCGACCUCUCUAAACGGCGGAUGAAGGGCACUGGACAGUGGUUGCUUAAAAGCAGCACGUUUCAGCAGUGGAUGUAUGGGGACCAGCCUCCGGGUCAUCUACUCUGGUGCUGUGGAGAUCCUGGGACGGGCAAAUCGGUUCUUGCCUCGUUGAUGAUCGAUCAUCUACUGGAUCUUUAUACCGCCGAAAAGUACGCAGUUAUUUACCAUUUCAUUGAUCAUCUAGAAGAAGCCGAUGGAACGUGUGUCGCUAUCUUACGAAGUCUUCUUCGACAACUUAGCCACAGACUUGAACCACUACCCAUGACCAUCACGACGUUGUAUGACAAACUCAAUACGAAGGACAAAGAGAUGGGGCUUGAGGAGACAAUGCUUGCGAUUCAGGCAUGUGUUAACAAAUUUGAUCGAGUAUUUGUUAUCAUUGAUGCCAUUGACGAAGCUCUAUCACAGGAGCGAAUCAUUUUACUGUCCUCUCUUAAAACCCUUGCGUCGUCAUGCAAGAUUAUCAUCACAAGUCGCCCACACCUAGAUGAUGUCUCCCAUGCUUUCCGUGGUGAUCCUCGGAUUGAUGUCGUGGCGCAGGAGGGCGACCUUCAGGUCUAUCUCCGUGCUCGGAUGUAUUCUACAUCUAACUCUUUUCUUGGUGAUGACUCUUUUACGGAGCAAAUCAUUCGAACGAUCAUAUAUCAGUCACGUGGCUUAUUUCUCCUAGCUGUUCUACACAUAGAUAAUGUUUUGAACGAACCUACAAUCGGAGAUGCACUGGCCGCCCUGUCUGGCAUUCCGAACAAUCUUCAGCUAACAUUUCAGGGAAUGUUGACAAGAAUAACAACUCAACAGAGUCAAUCUCGGGUAGAGCUUGCAAGAAAGGUUCUCUCAAUUUUGGCAUACGCCAAGCGGCCUCUGCAAAGCGAUGAGCUCUGCGAUAUUCUCUCAGUAAGGUCGAAUCAGAAGCAACUGGACAGACUAUUUUGCCCGUCGUGUGCCACCAUUCUUGAGUGUUGCGGAGGUCUGGUGGUAUUGGACCAGGACACAUCGAUCAUUCAUCUGGUUCACUUUUCGUUGCAGGAAUACAUUCAAAACGAUACUUUUGGCCAGAAAGCUGCUCCCCCCGUCACCAUGGGUAAAUUAUGCCUGGAAUACCUUAAAAUGGACGAUUUUGCACUUGGUGCGUGUGCACUUGAAGAAGACAUUCUUGAGCGUAUCGACUCCUAUCCGUUCUAUCCUUACGCAGCGAGGUGGUGGGGUUAUCAUGUUAAUGGAUAUGACUCCUUAGUCAAUUCUACCCUCGAGCUUCUCUGGUCCGGUCCUCAUCGAGCCAGUCUGGCGCAGAUGUUCAAAUAUGAUGCCGGGCUACGGGAAGAGUACUGGUGUGCAGAGGAAGCAAACAGCAACAACCCAUUGACAUUGGUCGCCUGGUAUCAUAUGCACGAAAUCUCAAGGAUCUUACUUGAUGAUUAUCAGAUACCUGUGGACAGCGCCACAUCCCUAGGAACAACUGCGCUCAUCAGAUCUGUAUCAGAAAAUGAUAUUAUACUUGCGAAGAUGCUUAUUGAGCGAGGCGCGGACUUAUAUAGGUGUAAUUGGUAUGGAUCAGCGCUUCAUUGCGCUGCGGAAGCUGGCCAUUGUGAGGUGGUUGAAUACCUGCUUGGACUAGGAUUGGACGUCGAUUUGAGGGACGACAAAGGAAGAACACCACUACAUUGUGCGGCUCAAAUGAGCCGCGUCGGCGUUGCCAAGUUGCUGUUACAGAGAGGCGCCAACAUCGACGCUACUGACGAUAUAGGCCUCACUCCUUAUCAGACCGGCCAACUGUUGAACGGGGUGCAACCUGAGAUGUAUUGA